AGUUCUUUUUUAACAGUUCCUUUCCCAUGAAGUUUUGGCCACACCCAGCCCAAAUUAUCCUCCUAUGCUGUCCGUUAAUCUGCUAUAAUAAACAUUUCCUCUGUAGACAAAGGACACCUAGCACGGCAGAAACUAGUCGACAGGCUUGUGUUGGGCAUCGCAGCAGGAAGACACGCGGAUCCUGAUGUGCCGUCUGCUUUCUCCUGUACUUACAGCGCUCAGUGCCAACAACUCGUAGCUCACACACCGAGACUGGAAUGAGAAUCCAUGUACAUGCCUCGCCGCGAACUGCCAGCUAAAGCACCAGCCAACUACUUUUCCUGAUCUGUUUAUCCUCUUACCCACAUUUUUUUUUUAAAUUACGGGAUUGAAUGGAACUGUAUGGGAAGAUGGCAUCGACACAGGAUUCUCGAUUUGUUCAGAAGGACACAGCUGACCAGAACUUUGACUACAUGUUUAAGCUACUGAUCAUUGGCAACAGCAGUGUUGGGAAAACGUCGUUUCUCUUCCGCUAUGCUGAUGAUUCGUUUACAUCUGCCUUUGUAAGCACCGUUGGUAUUGACUUCAAGGUAAAGACCGUCUUCAGGAAUGAGAAAAGGAUUAAGUUGCAAAUUUGGGACACAGCAGGGCAGGAACGCUACAGGACCAUCACCACAGCCUAUUAUCGUGGUGCUAUGGGCUUUAUCCUAAUGUACGACAUCACAAAUGAAGAAUCUUUCAAUGCAGUGCAGGACUGGUCAACCCAAAUCAAGACAUACUCCUGGGACAAUGCACAAGUUGUACUGGUUGGCAAUAAAUGUGACAUGGAGGAUGAAAGAAUUGUAUCGAUGGAGAGAGGAAAACAACUGGCAGACCAACUUGGCUUUGAAUUUUUUGAAACCAGUGCCAAGGAUCACAUCAACGUCAAGCAAACAUUUGAGCGGCUUGUUGACAUCAUCUGUGAGAAGAUGUUGGAGAGUUUAGAUACAGAUCCUACUGUUGCUGCAGGAAAACAAAACACAAAACUCACAGAGAACCCACCCCCACAGCAACAAAACUGCGGCUGUUAGUGACGUCCAUAAACAUGUGGAGGCAAUCAAAUUGUGUCUAUAUCACAAAAAUUAGUCCUUAGUUAUUAGUCCAUGAAAAUGUAACUGUUUGGCCUCUAUAUAUUAUUAAACAAACCAAUCUAUAUUUAUUUUUUGCUAGUCUGUGCUCAGUACUCUUUCCUAAGACCUCUUCCAUUAAUACUGACACUUAGUCAGCCUUUACAAAUAUUGUAUUGAUUCUGCGUUUUAUCUGUAGACUCAAGGUUUGUGUGACUGUUACAGGAACAAUGGGUUCCUAGGAACAAAAGCUUCCUAGACUCAGUGUACUACAUCUAUAAAUUACUUAAGAUUUCCCUGUUUACUAAACUUAUGUGGCCUUUCAAGUAUUUUCUGGAUGAUGAAUUGAUGAUAAAAAGCCAAUCCUCAGUCUGCACAAAAUUCAACACUGGAAAUGUUUGCAUUUAAAAUACUGAGUAAACAUAGCUUGAUUGCUUGAACGUUUGUUACCCUUGUCUAGCCGUAAGUAUUCAUAUGUCAUUUAAAAGGUAGCAAUUCCAAUUAACAGUAUGCCUUGAUGAAUAAUAUGUAUUUGUAAAUGUGUUUUCAAUAUAUAUACCAGCAGUAUCAGAUCUAACAUUACCUGACAAAUGUUGAUGUUGUUGUGAAUUAAUUAUGGAUGUGUGCUGACAAAAAAAAAAAUUCCAGUUCAAAAAAUAAUGCCAGUUCAACCCUAGAGUGAGGCCCUGACCUGGUACUCAAAUUCACUAAAGCUAGGUGGUGUAGGAACAUUCAUCUCACACCACUUGUGUUGUACCGGGAGGGAACUACAAUUCUACUUGUUCAGACUAACUGUUGAUUCACUGGGACAACUUGCAGAUUGAAAUUGACUUCUUCAAAUAUUACUGGAAAGCAGAGCCUGGGCCUGUGUCAUUAAACAGUACCUAUUGUAGGCCAUCUACAACAACCUGUCCUGUAAGAUUGAAAAUUGUUGUCCGUUUUUAUUUUUAUUUUGUAUGUGUCAUUUAUGGCCCUUGGGGAGGUAAUGGGAAUAAUUGUUCUACAACCAUUAGUAUUAAAUAUGUGCAAGUUUUAGCCAUAGGUUGUGAUGAUAUUUUUAAGGCAGAGAUUGAUAGAUUCUUGAUUAAUACGGGUAUCAGGAGUUAUGGGGAGAAGGCAGGAAUAUGGGGUUGAGAGGGAAAGAUAGAUCAGCCAUGAUUGAAUGGCAGAGUAGACUUGAUGGGCUGAAUGGCCUAAUUCUGAUCCUAUCACUUAUGAGCAUAUGAUUUGGCCAUAGGAUGCAGGGGAUUUAGUGUGAUCUUACUUAUCCCAGACAAUGCCUUAGAUCAUCAGAGACAUUUGGAAACCUGUAAAAAAUAUAAAAAAGCAAGUAUUACUAAAAAACCUUAAAAAGAUAAAUUCACUUUAAAAUGUGAAACGGCUCUUAAUUAAUAAAACUCAAAAUGUACUUAUAAAUAAAGAAAAAAUCCUAACCUCUCUUAAGUGAAGACAAACAACUCUUUUAGAAUAACUGUGUAAGUGUCAGAUGUAUCAACCGUGGCUGGUAUAUAGCUGAGUACAGAUACACGGUGCAUCCAAUCCUUCAGUUCAACAACUUACAGGGCAUCCUAGAAAUCAACAGUGAGUGCAUGGGCAAAGUAAGUAUGCACCACUGCACUGGCAAUCAACUAUUCUCCCCCUAACGCUGGAGCUGAAGAUGGCAAUGUAACCUUGGCUUUUGUGGCUGCACUUUCCAAUCUAGGGCAAUCCGUGACAGCCUUAGUUAUAAUUGUUUGUCACGUAUUAAUGUAGAGAAAAGCAUGAAUGUAAAUCUGUUUAAAAUGCCGUACCCUACCGCAUUCUUAAAGAAAAAUUAUAUCCACUGAGAA